AUGGAGGAACAACCAAAUGCUUCGCAGAGCGAAUGCCAACAAUGGGGAAAGGAAUUAACCGAUAUGCUUCAAGGAGUGGUUCUUCCAGAAAAGUCUGGAGUCCAUGGGCAAUGUAUUUUUAGAGUACCAGAUAGUAUUCGCGAAACUAACCCGAAGGCAUAUACUCCUCGGGUUGUUUCUAUUGGCCCUUUUCACAAAGCACGAUCUAAUGCAGACGACAAUGUUUUGAAAGCAAUGGAAGAGUUCAAAUUGAAAUAUCUCAAGGGAUUUCUAGAUCGAACCAAACUACGUGUGGAUGAUUUUGCUUGCUACCUUAAAGAUCAGGAAAAUCGAAUUCGAAGUUGCUAUGCAUGGCCUGUUGAGCCUCACAGCAAUCAUUUCUUAAAGAUGAUUCUGAUCGAUGCUUGUUUCAUAAUUGAGCAUUUUCUUAGAGAUUUUGAAGACAAUGAUUGGAUUUAUAAGGACCCUUUAUUGUUGAAACCAUGGCUGGUAGAUGAUGUUUAUGAUGACUUGACACUACUUGAAAAUCAACUUCCUUUCUUCGUUCUUGAAGGCAUCUACGAAAUUGCUCAAUUGAAUCUUCAAUUUCCCUCUUUUCUUGACAUCACUUUCGAAUAUUUUCAAGAAUACAACGAGCAGAACAUAACUUCUGAAAGAGUGCGUCCAAAACACUUCACUGAUCUUCUAAGAACUUUUUUUCUACCAUCAACAUUUGAUCUUGGAGAUACACCAGCAAAAAGAGAUGAACUCAAGUAUCUAUACAGUGCAAGCCAACUAUCAGAAGCAGGUCUAGCAUUCAAAGUUAAUCCAAGCAAAUGUUUACUUGACUUAGACUAUCAUGAUGGUGAAUUGACAAUCCCAUGCUUAACGGUACAUGAUGAAACUGAGAAAUUGUUCAGAAACAUAGUUGCAUUUGAGCAAUGUCUCUUCCCAAAUACACCCCUCGUUACUCAGUACCUAAAGGUGCUAGAUUAUCUUAUUGAUACUGAGAAAGAUGUGAAUUUACUAGUUGAUAAGAAAAUUAUUGUCAAUUACAUGGGUGACACCAAGGCAGUUGCUACAAUGGUUAACAGUCUUAGCACAAAUGUUGCCAUGCCGCAUUUCAAUUCGAAGUAUUUCUCUAUCUGCAUUAGCUUGAAUAAAUUCUAUGAAAAUCCUCGUAACAAAUAUAAGGCGAUCUUUAUACACGAGUACUUCAACACUCCUUGGAAAAUAGCAUCUACCGUUGCUGCAUCUAUGCUACUUUUGCUUACUCUGAUUCAGACUGUAUGUUCAGCCAUCCCACUUUUUAAAGGAUGA